UACGACAUAACCUUAUUUGAUACACAUGCGCUAUCUAGUAUGUAUUUGGAACCACGUUAUAAAUAUUUGUUAAUGUCAAUGAGGACGACAGAACUUAAUUUAAUGAUAAUACAGAAAUUAAAAGCGCUAGAAAAAUUUUGUACCUACGAAAAGGACAGAGUGAUUAGUUCAAUCUCAGUGUGGAAAAUUUAAAAAUCAGUUUUAAAUCAGUUGAAAGCAACAUGGUUAAAAUAGCAUUGAAAAUCAAAGUAUUGUUGGAGAAUAUAGAAGAAUUGAAAUCUUCAGGAUCAAGCCAUAAUUGGUACUUCAAAUUCAAAUGUUGCAAUUGUGGUGAAAUAACAAAGAAAUGGUGCUCUGUUUCCUUAGAAGAUUCUAUCCCAAGUACAAAAGGGAAUGCUGUGAAUCAUUUUCUAGCUAAAUGCAAGCUUUGUGGUCGUGAGAACUCUAUGACUAUUGUAGAAGAUUCUAUCAAAUCGUUUACUGCUGAAGAUCAAGGAAGAUUUAAAAAAAUCGUUAUAUUAGAUUGUAGAGGACUAGAACCUUGUGAUUUUUCUGCACGAGAAGGAUGGAUUGCAAAAGCUAUUGACAAUGGUACGGAAUUUACAGAUGUUGAUUUAUAUGAAUACGAAUGGAUUGAAUAUUGCGAGAAAAUAAAGAAACCUGUUGGAAUAACCGAAAUUGAGCACAAAUUUGAAAGAGUUAAAUAAGAUAUAUAUUCAUACAGAUGUAUAUAAACUAGUUCUCAAUUAGUUUCCUAUUGUUUUAAUUACUUAUUAAGUUUACACGAUUGUCAUAUCUAUUCUUUUUCCGAUUGAAAAUUAUUAGAUCGCAUUUAUUAAUUAUACUCAUUAUCAUACUUUUUAAAGUAUGCAUAUUUUCUAAUAGCAACUUGGAAUAACGCAAAAGAUUAUUACAUUGGAAUUACUUACUUUAAGUAUAUUAUUGUUUAUAUCAACUAUGUACAAAGUCCUUGAAUAAAGCAGUAAUUUCAUAAUGCAUAAGUACGUGCAUUGUUGUUUCUCAUACAUAAUUGCAUUGUACAAGUAAUUACUGCUGAAUUUAAAUGUGAACUAUAUGAUGUUAAUGCUGAUUAUAAGGGUAUGUGAGCGUACAAAUUGACACAUAACUCUAACGACAUAAUAUAAUUUAUUCAUAAUCAUAUAAAAAAACCAUUUAAUUUCAUAAAUGGCUCAAUACACAGGAAAUAUCAUUCGCAACAAUUAUUUCGCUAUUCCUCUGAAUAUGUCCAAACCUGCCAAUUGUUGCCAAAACAAAUGCCUGCAAUUAUGAUCACAAAUUAACAUUAAAAAUUUUUAACUAUUUUUAAAUUAUGAAUGAAUCUCAAAUAGAAAUUUUAAAUGUAGAUAUAACGUGCUAAUGUUCUAUAUUUCUGGAAUGUGUCGAUGCAACUAAUGAAAAUAAUUAUAUUUAUACGUAUUAAACUUCUUGACAUGUAGUUGUAAAAUUAUAAUCUUCAUUGAUUAAAAACUAAGUCUGUACAGUUUGUAGGUAUAAAAGUUUGAAUUAUUUCAUAUAAUCUAAGCUAGCUUAGAAACAUAAAACAUUCUUAUUAUCGGGACUAACUUCCAACUGGUUGUACAAUGUACAAUAAAAAAGUUUUUGCAAAAUGCGGAAAUAAAUCACAAGAAAUAUUUAAAGAAA